AUGCCUACAGCUCAUCGAUACCAGGUUUUUGCCCACCCAACAGCCAAGUGCUUUUUUUAUGACGCGACCAACCUUGCAUUCGACCAGCACCGUCAUUUUACAGAAGGACCACUAAAUGCAGCAGCCGUCAUAAAAGCAAAGAACAAGUUGCUUCGCCCCUGUAAUCACCGCGUCGCCAAAGUCAAAACUGGGCGUACCAUAAUUUUCAUCAACUGUGAGAGCACCAUAGUGGUGCAGUUAGAGACAAGCAACAAAGCAGCAGCUAAAGUGACGACGGGGCGUACGAAAUUAUUCAAGCAAUCGUUGACGGGAAAUCUAGGCGAAGAGGAGUCCAUCAAAACGGCGGAGGUGCAAUUUCUUUCUAUGCAGCAGGUUAUCGUGGAGGAUAGUCGGAUUGAAGACAUGACUUCCUUGGCACUACGUGCUAAGUGGAGCUGUGAUGAGAUCCAGGCGGUUCGUAAUGCUCUGGGCUUCACCUGCAAAAGUUACUUGUACACAGGUUGGGCCUGUGCACACGUAAUUGUGUCAUUGGACUUGCUAGGGAAGAUAAAGAUUGGCCUAACCAUGGCGGCAAUUCCGAUGCGCGGGCUUCCUGGGCGGCCGCGUGCACUCGCUGGGCCCCUCCAGCGCGAAUCUGACAUUGAUGUCACUAACAAUGAAAAGACGUAUAAGGAGCAUCGGGUCGGUCAAGUAGCAGGGUGUCGAGUGUCGGAAACGGAUGGAGUGUAUAUCUGGAGCUUUGCUUUCGUCCAUGGAGACUCGUUAGAAUACCAAGUUGAAAACCUAGCUCACGCAAUUUGCCGAGCUUAUUCGCUUGGAACCCAAUAA